UCGUGUACCAUGUUUCGAAUCAUCUUGUUGUGUACGCUUUUCGUCAUCGUGCGGAGUCAGGUGACUUCGGUUAAUCAAUGCAUAGUGACUCCUGCCGAAUUACCGAUUCACCAAUAUGUGCAAGGCUGCACCACUCCACCUUGUCUGCUACCUCAAGGAGAGAAUGUUGUGAUAGAUGUGGUGUUCAGAGCACCCCAUACUAUUCGCAGGAUGAGAACACUAGCCAAGGCUCUGAUUACAAUUUUCGGGGCAACAACUGAAAUCGAUUACCCUUUGGGUAACAACGAAAUCACAUGCAACUUCUUAACGAAUACCUACUGCCCGGUAUUGCCCGGUGAGGUGGUUCAGUACACAUUGAGAAUGUUCAUUGAAACCUUCUUCCCGCCUAAUUUCCCAGUGGUGGUUGAAUUCCGAGUUGAAGAUGAUAACUCUGACACAAUAUGGUGCAUCCGUGUACCCAUCAGUGUCGUUGCUACCUCAACGAAUAAUAGAAUAACUGCCGCUAACAACUAA